GCUUUACUCACGGCAGUAACAUCUCAACACAUAGAAAUCCACGAAGGAACAGUGCUGCAGGCUGUAAGAACAUGUUACAAUAUCUAUCUAGCAAGCAAAAAUCUCAUAAACCAAACCACAGCCAAGGCCACUCUAACACAAAUGCUGAAUGUCAUUUUUGCACGUAUGGAAAAUCAAGCACUUCAGGAAGCCAAACAGAUGGAAAAGGAAAGGCACAGACAGCAACACCAUCUCCAGCAGUCUCCAGUAAGCCAUCAUGAGCCUGAGUCACCUCAGCUGAGACAUAUUCCAACACAGACCGAUCAGCUGUCCAAAGAACAUGAGAGAGAGCUGGACCACAGCACGAAUGAUGUGGACAAAAACCUUCAGGAAGAUAUAGAGGCAGAAAACGGGUCUGAUAUUUCUAGUGCUGAAAACGAACAGACAGAAGCCGACCAAGCCACAGCAGCAGAAAAUCUUUCAAAAGCUGAUGGAGGAGCGUAUGAUGGUGAAAGCAAUGAGUGUGAAGAGAAGGCACAAGAAAUUGUAGAAAGUAUUGUGCAGGAAAUGGUGAACAUAGUAGUUGGAGAUAUGGAAGGAACUGCCGAAAGUGCAGGUGGCGAUGGCAUGAGUGUAACAUUAGAGGAUGGCAGUGACAGUGAAAACAUUCAGGCAAAUGGAAUUCCAGGGACUCCAAUUUCUGUUGCUUAUACACCAUCUUUACCUGAUGACAGAUUAUCUGUCUCUUCCAACGAUACUCAGGAAUCUGGAAAUUCUUCAGGACCUACCCCUGGUGCUAAGUUUUCCCACAUUUUACAAAAGGAUGCCUUCCUUGUAUUCAGGUCACUGUGUAAACUCUCCAUGAAGCCCCUCUCAGAUGGACCACCAGAUCCAAA